AUGUCGAAGUUGGAUAAUGGCUAUGGUAAGGGUCCCGAUAAUGAUCCGAAUAUCCAGUAUAGUAUGAAGGGUGAGUCCCACGCCUACACCGUCGAUCUUAAGCAAAGAGAGCAGAUCUACAGUACGGCUGAUAAAGUAAAGGCUGAAGUUGGCAAGGUGGACAUCCUCAUCAACAAUGCAGGAAUCGUUACAGGCAAGAUCUUUGACUGUCCCGAUGAGCUAAUGGAACUGACAAUGGCUGUGAAUACCCAUGCUCUAUUCUAUGUGACAACCAAGGCCUUCGUACCAGCGAUGAUGGAGGCUAAUCAUGGCCAUGUGGUGACAAUCGCAUCCAUGGCCGGCAAAGUUGGCGUAUCCGGACUGGUCGAUUACUGUGCAUCGAAGCACGGCGCCAUGGGUUUCCACGAAUCUUUGGCAGCUGAACUUGCCACACUCGGCAAGCACGGAGUGAAAACGACCGUUGUUUGCCCAUACUACAUUGAUACUGGAAUGUUCGAUGGAGUUCAAACAAAAUCGCCAACAUUACUGCCAGUUCUGCAGCCGGAAUACGUCGUUGAUUGUAUAAUGGAAGCCGUUCUCACUGAGAAGGAACUCAUCGCAAUGCCUCGUUUCGGCUACGUUGUUAUGUUCUUUCGGCGGAUUUUUGCCAACGAGCGCCUUAGCACUACUUUCACGAUAUUUCGGUUCCAACGAGACCAUGGAGACAUUCCAGAGGUCGCGCAAAGGCUCAAAAUCAAUGGAAUUAGCUUUAUCCUAUAUGUGACUUGA